AAAAUGGAGCGUGAUAGAUAACUGGAUACGUGGAUGAGAUGUCCCGCUGUAUACUCGCUGUCAUGUCGCCAAGGGAAGGGUGCGUGUUGUUACCCUGUAGUGCAGCAUCAGGUAGUAGGUAGCAGUGUUCCUUUCAGGAAGGCAGUCGAGCUCCAAGACAUGGCAUGGCAUGGCAUAUUGGAUACCUAUCCACGAAUUUAUGGCUCACUUGGGGAUAGUGUACAUCAUUGAAUGGGUACCUUACUAAACACCUCUGUACCUGCUGCUGUAACCGAGCCCCCUACGUCAGUGAGACGCAAGGACGAGAUAUAUCGGGGACGUCCUGCACAACGCACCGUCCAGACGUGGAUCAACCUCAAAUCAAUACGUCUUCUAUGUGCACACUCGGCGCCUCUACUUGUACAUAGGAACAGCAACUCCAAAACUCAGGCGGCAAAUCACUCACUCGACUUUCUUAAGACGAUCCCAUCGCAUCGACUCCUAGACACCAUGAGCGGGCUUCUCUCUGCUCGACUGGCUGGCCGGCGUUUGGUAUGGCCCGUCGGAAGUGGCAUCUGUGUCGCUUACUCACUGCAUUGCCGACAAAAUCACAACUAUUUCAACUCGCAUCUCACAUCGUCUGCGUCACCAACACCUCGCGCCCAGAGUCGCUCCUUUGGUGGUUUGAGCCCCGAUGCUAUGAGGCAGCUCUCAAGCGGUACCUUGUCUGGAUUCAGCGCUGGCCUUCUGCUCGCACACCGACAUGGAUUGGAUUUACCGCGUCUUUUGGGCGCUAAGGAACGACUGAAUAAGGCCGUUUUGACAAGACCAUUCCACAAUGUUGUGUUCCGUUUAUCUUUUGCUGCCACCUUCACUCUUGCCGCCUUCGUCCGGUUCUGAGCUUCAUUUCCUAGAAAGGCUGAGUCUCCCGGGUUAGCCAUGUCAGAGUCAGAGGAUCAUCCUGAAAGUAUCCUUUGGUCUUCUGGAGAAUAUCUGCGUGGUGGGCAUUAAGCCAUGCCUUCUCUUCAGCCGUCAACAGGCUGGGUUCGAUUAGGUUUCGGCAGUAUGGGACCAUAGUGACGUGCUCGAAUCCUAGGUAGGGCUUGUCGCCAAAGGAAUGCUUUGUUUUGACUUCAGUCACCAUGGCCACAUUCUCGAUUCGAAUGCCGUAUGAUCCAUCCUCAUAGAAGCCCGGCUCAAUCGACAGAACGUUGCCUGGCGCUAGGGCGACCUCG